UUAUCGCGGUCCCCGGGCAAAGUCUAUCGCGGCGCCGCUGGCUCUGCGAGCGUAAUAGUACCGCGCGCCGCUCGGCUGUUAACAGCAAGGCGCGGGUGGGUCCUCAGGCCGGGCGGCGCGGGUCUGCUCUAGUUCACCAGACCCGAAUUCUGUGAGCAGCCGCGAUGUCGAUCUUCACCCCCACCAACCAGAUCCGCCUAACCAAUGUGGCCGUGGUACGGAUGAAGCGGGGUGGGAAGCGCUUCGAAAUCGCCUGCUACAAAAACAAGGUCGUCGGCUGGCGGAGUGGCGUGGAAAAAGACCUUGAUGAAGUUCUGCAGACCCACUCAGUGUUUGUAAAUGUUUCUAAAGGUCAGGUUGCAAAGAAGGAAGAUCUCAUCAGUGCAUUUGGAACAGAUGACCAAACUGAAAUCUGUAAGCAGAUCUUGACUAAAGGAGAAGUUCAAGUAUCAGAUAAAGAAAGGCACACACAACUGGAACAGAUGUUUAGAGACAUUGCAACUAUUGUAGCAGACAAAUGUGUGAACCCUGAAACAAAGCGGCCAUACACUGUUAUCCUUAUUGAGAGAGCCAUGAAGGACAUCCACUAUUCAGUCAAACCCAACAAGAGCACAAAACAGCAGGCUUUGGAAGUGAUAAAGCAGUUAAAGGAGAACAUGAAGAUAGAACGUGCGCACAUGAGGCUUCGGUUUAUUCUUCCAGUGAAUGAAGGGAAGAAGCUGAAAGAAAAGCUCAAGCCACUGAUCAAGGUUAUAGAAAGUGAAGACUACAGUCAACAGUUAGAAAUUGUAUGCCUGAUCGACCCAGGAUGCUUCAGAGAAAUUGAUGAGCUUAUCAAAAAGGAAACAAAAGGCAAAGGUUCUUUGGAAGUGCUCAAUCUGAAAGAUGUGGAAGAAGGAGAUGAGAAAUUUGAAUGACGUCCUUCAAUCUCAUCAACCAUAAAACACUAAAAAGUGUUUCUGUUUCCGACAGCACUGUUUCAUUUCUGUGACCUGCCAAAUACUUACUCGAACUGACAUUUUCUAUCUUUGUAUUAACUGUGUACACAAAAAGACUUUCCUACAUAAGUAUUGCACUGUGGGGAUGAUUUAAUUUUUAAUUUUUGAGUUAAAACUUAAAGCAAAAAUGAAAAAUCCAAGUAAAAAGUCCAGAGGCGCAUUUUGCUGCCGUCUCAUGCCUUUAUAGCUUUUGAAAAGGAAAGUUAUUUGAGGCAGCUCUUUGUGGAUAAAAAAGCUAAAUUUUGUACAGACAAUGAGAUUAUUUGGAAGAUGUGUCUGUAUGACAAAAGGGGAUUAUUUGCUGACAAAGAAAACAAGGUGUCUUAGUUCUAUUUAAUGAAAUUUGUGUGUAGGGGUAACUGGUGUCCUAACAUUGGACGAUGACUUCCUAAUUAUCUGAAAGAAAGACAUAUAAUUACCGUGCAGAAAUUAAAUAAUUUUCAUUGAACGUGCUGUCAAACUUAGAUUGUUCUUGGUAAAAAAAAAAAAAAAGUCAUUUAUUCUAAUUCUUAAAGUUUAUAAUAUAUAUUAAUAUAGCUAAAAUUAUAUGUAAUCAAUAAAACCACUCUUAUUUUUCUUAAACGAUGGCUUGUAUUU